CUAGGCAUGCAGACUGCUUCUACAAACAUUUGUGAAAGAAUGGGUCGCUCUCAGGAGCUCAGUGAAUACAAGCGUGGUACCGUGAUAGGUUGCCACCUGUGCAAUAAGUCCAUCCGUGAAAUUUCCGUACUACUAAAUAUUCCACAGUGAACUGUUAGCUGUUUAAUAACAAAAUGGAAGAAACUGGGAAUAACAGCAACUCAGCCAUGAAAGUCACUGGACUCUAGAGCAGUGGUGACGUGUUCUCUGGAAUGACCAAUCACACUUCUCUGUCUGGAAUCCAAUGGACGUGUCUGGGUUUUGUGGUUGCCAGAACAGUACUUGCCUGACUGCAUUGUGCCAAGUGCA